UCCAGUCCGGAACAUUUAAGAAGGAAGCAGGCGCGUUUGGACCGGGUCACACCUCUGUGAAGGGAUCAGUGGAGUCUUCCAGGAACAGUCGGAGAAACUGCACUACCGCUCCAGACGUCAGCUCCUGGAUCAAAAAGCUCCGAACCAGAACCGGUUCACAGGCCGGAAACAUGGCAUCGAGUCCGGGGCCGGAAAGAAAGGAACUUUUGGAAGUUACCAUAUGUGACCGUGGAGUGGGCGGCGUGGACUUUCACUCCACGGACGAUUCCUACGGGUUCCAGCAGUGGACGAACAAAGACACAUCAUCGCAAUCAGAGCAGGGGGUCUGCGGGGACACCGCCCCCCGCAGCAGGACCUCCAUCGUGGACUGCCUGCUGGUGGAGCUCUACGACACGAGGACCGCGGACAGCUGGGACAGCUCCACGGAGGCGUCCGGUUCCGAUGCCUUCCUGGGCCGGAGUAACUCCGGAUCCGGCUUCCUGCAGGAGCUGCAGGAGAGACACACCAGGAGGCUCCAGAUGAAGUACCUGGCCCAGAAAGACCUGCAGGAGCUGCGCUCCAUCAUCCAGGAGGUGAAGUACCGCUCUGGGCUGCAGUCCACCAAGCUCAUCCGGCAGCUGAAGAGGCGCGACCGACUUUACAACAAACGGCAGAAGAACUAUGACAUCAUCACGGCCUGCCUUCAGGCUGUCUCUCAGAAGCGACGUGUUGACACAAGGCUUAAAUUCACCAUUGAGCCAUCGCUGGGGAACAAUGGCUUCCAGCAGUGGUAUGACGCUCUGAAAUCUGUGGCCCGGCUUCCAACUGGGAUACCUAAAGAAUGGAGGAAGAAGGUUUGGCUAACGCUAGCAGACCACUACCUCCACAGCAUCUCCAUCGACUGGGAGAAAACUCUUCGUUUCGCCUUCAAUGAGCGCAGCAACCCGGACGACGACUCCCUGGGCAUCCAGAUCGUCAAGGACCUGCACAGGACAGGCUGCAGUUCUUACUGUGGCCAGGAGGGGGAGCAGGACCGGGUGGUGCUGAAGCGGGUUCUGCUGGCCUACGCCCGCUGGGACAAGAGUGUUGGUUACUGUCAAGGGUUCAAUGUUCUGGCUGCUCUGAUCCUGGAGGUGACAGAAGGUGAUGAGAGUGAUGCGCUGAAGGUGAUGAUUUACCUCAUCGACAAGGUUCUGCCUGAAAGCUACUUUGCCAACAACCUGCGGGCUCUAUCAGUGGACAUGGCGGUGUUCAGGGAUCUGCUGCGGGUCAAGCUGCCCAUGCUGUCUCAGCACCUUCAGCACCUGCAGAGAGCUGCUAACAGGGAGGCUGGAGGAAGCUACGAGCCUCCGCUCACCAACGUCUUCACCAUGCAGUGGUUUCUCACCAUGUUCGCCACCUGCCUUCCGGCGCCCACAGUCCUCAAGAUCUGGGACUCGGUUUUCUUUGAGGGAUCGGAGGUUCUGUUCCGUGUGGCCCUGGCUAUCUGGGACCGACUGGGAGAGAGAAUCGAGGAGUGCCAGUCAGCAGAUGAGUUCUACAGCACCAUGGGCUGCUUGACGCAGGAGAUGCUGGAGGAGAACCUCAUCGACCCAACUGAGCUCAUGCAGGAGGUUUACUCCAUGGCCGUGUUCCCGUUCCCCCAGCUGGCCGAGCUCAGGGAGAAGUACACCUACAACAUCACUCCAUUCCCGACCUCGGUGAAGUCCAACGGGAGCAGCGGUCCUGGCGGCUGGGACAGCGAGGACGAUGUUGACGUCGAUGACGAAGACUCUGUGACAGCGGCGCUCGGCUGUCUGGGGCCACUGGGCGGACUUUUGGCCCCUGAGCUGCAGAGAUACCAGAAACAUCUCAGAGACCAGCGAGUCGAACAGGAGAGCUUUGCUGAGGUGAGCCCAGGAGCAGUGGGAGGAAGUGCUAAAGCGGAGCAUCAAGCGGCCAUCAACAGCAUGAUGAUGGAGAGGAUGAGCACGGACAUCACUGCACUGAAGAAGCAGUACACUCGGAUUAAGAGGCGGCAGCAGCAACAGGCUAUGCAAUUCUACAUCCGCACAGGACCUGGACCUGAGGUGGCCACAGACCCAGAGGUUCUUCAGGACGGUUCCCUCAAACGCAUCGGCAGUGCUGAGCCCAACAGUGAUGGCAAGUGUCCCGCCACACGUGUUCUGGCCUCCCAGCUCAACCAGUCCAGCUCCGUCAUCAACCAUCUGCUGCUGGACCGGAAACAGGCCGGUCCUUCCAGAACUUGCAGGCCCGUCUCUGCCGGUACUCCGCCCCUAACGGGCUCUCCGUCCAGGCGCUGCUGUUCGUCGCUGCUCUCCCGCAGCAGCAGAUCUCCAGGGAGCUCCAGAGGUUCUCCUUGGCGGGCCCACGUCCGGCAGCAUCGGAAAAACAUGGCCCGGGCCCGGGCUCAGCUCGGGUUUGGAGAUUCUGAGGAAAGGGAGGAGGAGGAGGAAGGGGGUUUGGUCCGGAGCAGGGAGGAUGAGGAGGAGGCUCCACCUCCUGCAGGAUGUGAAGCGGCUCCUCAGCCUGCAGAGGAGACAGAGGAGGUAAAGGUGGAGGAGGUGGUGGUGCAGCUGGAUUCCCUGGACCUCGAAAUGGGUACCGGGACCGACCCAGAACAGGAACCAGAAAGUAACGAGAGCAAACCUGCAGCCCUGACCCCUCCUUCUCCUCCUCCCUCCUCAAACGGACAUUUGGACUCUGGUUCUGAAGCCCACUGUGCUCCAGCUUCACCUCCUCGUCCUCCAAGCUCCCCCCACAGCCUUCCUCCUGCACAACCUUCAUCCUCCUCAUCCUCUUCUCCACCUGCUCCGACCGCUCAUGUUCCACCUUCCCCUUCUUCCUCGUUGACCUUCAUUCCUGCACCAGGCUCUGCAUCCCGCCUCCCAUCAUCUUCAUCACCCCCUCCUCCCGUUUCUUCGCAGCACAUCUUCUCCCCUUUUCCUUCAAUAAAGCAGCCUAGAAAGUCUGUGGCAGCCAGGAACCUGGGCCUUUAUGGACCCACAUCCAGAACUCCCACGGUCCAUUUCCCUCAACUGAGCCGCAACAUGAACCGGAGCAGCGCCGUGGGUGCGGCAGGCAGGCGGUGAGGAGCGGCGCCUCAGAGAGGAGACAGGACCUCGGCGGGUCAGAAGCCCUUUAGCUGCUUAUCUGAACUCCACAGCCGUUUCUGUGCUUUAGAUGAGCAGGAUGGAUGAAGAUCCUCCUGAGACGAUGUCCUCCAGAACUUUGUAACCCAGUGAAAUGAUUCUGUCCUCUGGUUCUGAUCCAGUAACCCAGAAUGUACCGUCUGGAUCAAUAAUGAAAGUAUGAUUGGGAACACUGA